UGUUAACACCGUCGGAAAACAUUGAAAUAAAGAAGAAGAAGAAGUUCCUCCCUAUCUCCGCUACAACUCGGCCGCCUGCAAGUUAUUCAUUCAAUUUGCAACAAAAUUGUCUAAGAAUUGAUUUUAGGGUCUAUCUAAGAAUUGAUUUUAGGGUUUUCAGUAUUUAAUUUAGAGUUUUGGGUAUUUUGAAUAGAUUGCCGUGGUAUAUGAUUUCCCGUGUUUUCAUAUGGUUUUUCUUUUUCCGUGAAUAAUUAUGGUAGAUUCAUCUGCUUCAUCGAGGAUGGAGGAGUGCGGCAAAAAACGGAGAACCUUUGUCUUGGCCUAUCCUGUCUACUUUAAGUAUCGGUGAUUUGGUUUCCGGAUUUGAAAAAUCGGGUUUUAAGAUUACAGCAAGAGAUGAGAUGUAUGAACGUGUGUGGAGAAUUCGCUCCGCAGCACCUCAAGAAUAUUAAACUGGACCCUUUGGAUUUUGACCCAAAUCCACGCUUUAUGAAUUGGAUUGAGUACAUAGCUUCUGCUCCUGUUCUUGCUAUGAUUGUGGAGGGAGAUAACUCUGUUUUUGAGGAAGUUUUUGAAUUGACAUCCAAAGAUGAACAUCCCUUUUGUGUUACAGGAGACAGACAAUUUAUGCCAGCAAAUCAGGUCGUAUUCAUUCUUCCAACGGGGGAUAUACACGGCCCACAGGAGCAAGUUCAAGCAGUAUUAAAGAAGGAUGAGUGCUACGAGCUCAAACAGGACUUUAAGGACAAUUUUUCCAUGGAAAAAUUGAGUGUCUUCUUAAUCACUCCUUUAGCUUACGAAGAGGGUUGUGUUGGUGAAGUUUUAAAGGCUAUUGAGGGCAGCUGUUUGGGCAUAAGAGGCUUGAUCCUUGUACGGCGGCCUACUGAUUCUGGUUCUUCGAGUGAAAUUGACGGUGAUGAAUAUGGUGUUGCCGUGGUUGCUAGUGCUGUCAAAUCAUGCUUAAGAAUCAAGCCCGGGAAUGCCAAGAUGAGUACGAUUAAAAAUGAGUAUAUGACUGAGUUUAGGAUUGGCAGCGACUAUCUUCGGAAAAUCAAGCAGGGUCAAGGUCCUCAAGGACUAUUGGAAGCUACUAAAAAGUAUUCAAAUAUGGUUUCAGUGUUUGGGGAUAUCCUCCAGAUGACUUGUUGUAUGGUUGUAUGUUUGAGGCAUCAUUAGUUGGCCUCGAGUUGCUGCAGUAACUAACUUUAUAUGUUCUCUUUGGUUAUUUGUCAGCAAGACGUUUUCUUUUCUCGGAGUGGUAAACAUGUUCAUGUACUCUUUUCUCGGAGAGUCAAAGUGUUACAAGUAAAAUGAAAAAUAGAGGAACAAAAUAGAAGUUAUAAAUAUAA